AACUCAAUGAGCGUACCUCACUAUUUUCGACUUUCGACUUUCGAGAUACUAGUAUCGUUAACAUUUACCGCACGCAAUUUCUUCUGAAAAUGGAUAGAGAUUGUUUUCUAGAAGCCUAAGAGGCAAUGAACAGCAACAACAAAGAAGCUCUGUUGCUUCUGUACAACGAGCUACGCGGGCAGUUGAAUUCAAAGCCAAGAUGUUCAUCUUACUUGCUUCGAUCAAAACUGGGCAAUUCACUGUACCGGCAUAUUGUCGCUGAGACAUAUAUUCCAAGCAGUAAGAAAUCGCAGGGAAAGAUCUACACUGCAAUCAGAUCUCAAGCAUCAGGGAAUUGUCUUUACAGCUCAGUAUCUUUGCUGCUUGUAGGAGAAAACAGCUUAGUAAGUAUUUUAAGAAUACUGACUUCCCUUGAGCUAUACCUUCAUUGUGAUUUUUACAAUAAACAUCCUGCAUUUUCUUUGGCAGUGACUGAGCACCAUGACCUUAGUCUUGUUAAUCUUUUGCCAUUAUCAGUAUCGGCCUCAUGCUUAGAUUCCGGCUUAAAGAAUGAGGAUUUAAUUAAGCAAGAAGCUAUUUUAAAUUGUUAUGAUGGUACCUGGUCACCUUUCUUGUGUAUUCUGGGCUUAUCAUCAGUUAUUGGUAAUGAAAUAUUUACUUAUUAUCCAGAUUGUGGGGACAUAAGACCCAAAUUACUUUUAAUAGACAUGUAA